AUAUAUGAUCCAAACCAACAAACUAUCAGGGCAAGAAGGUCAACGACGUUGAUGAUUUCAGAAUUGGCAGGUGAGAAACUGGCACAUUCAUUGCCUGGUCUACAUUCAUCUUUAUGAGAUUGCUGCGCGAUGUCAUCGUGGGCCACGAAACUUGCCGGUCUUUCUGCGCCAAUGAAUACUUUUGCUGAGAAAGCAGUGAUUGAUAGGAUGGCGGCUAACUCGGCGAUCAAGAAUAUCAAGCUCAAGGGUACGAAAUUACACAAAAGUCAUGAUGGCUCCGGCAAGAAUGUUAUUUCCAUCCAGAUGUUGAAUGAAAAGAAUGCGAGGGUUGAGACUAUACAUGUGGACGAGAACGGCGACGUGGACGUGAAGAAGAAGUCGCAGUAAUGCGGCCAUGUGGAUUGAUGGUGAUCAGAAACUAUUCCCCGGUGCGACCAAAGUAUCAGAGUUUACACGAAGCAUUUUUCGGUAUUUAUUUGAUAUGUGAUUGAACUCUUGGUACCAAGUUUCCGUGUCAUCAGUUGCCCACAAGUCCGGUCCAUGUUUAAGCUUUGCGUAGUGCGG